ACUCAUAGGUCCCGACCUCGGAGAAGAUACAAAGAAGAGGAAGAAAAAACUAGUCGACAAGCAAGCCAGUCUCAGGUUUCACAUAAUGUGUCAAGAGAGAGAAACACUGGAGAGACAGAAAGUGAUUCUGCAACUCAUUCAACUCUCAAUAGCUUCAACUCCAUCUCUGCAACAAAGGCACCAGCACAACAGUUUGACUUAGAAGCAGCUGCAUUCCCACCUCUGCCAAGCACCAAUAGUGAAUCACCAAAUGAAAGAGGACCAUCCUCUGAACUACCAUCAAAAGAUGGAGACUCUUUGGCUGAUGUUGUGAAGGGAACUUGUAGGUCACGUUCUGGUCCUUCACAAUUGGAGGGGAAAAAGAUAGCCAAUGGGGAGGUUGUACUUGGAAACACCGAAGAAAGUCCAAUGAAUGGGACUUUCUCUCUUGUAAAACCUUCUACACCUGAAGCCCCUUCACACACCACCAACAAGUGGAGUGAUAAGGUAGUUGGUGAGCCUGAUAAAGAAGAAAGUGAAAUUCCUACUCCAUCACAGAGCAACACUGUCAGCAUUUCUGUUGCCACAGAGAAGCAGAAGCACAUUCCAUCAACCAUAGAUGCUGCCACUAUGACAGUUGGUCUUGCUUCAGAAUCAGUCAUUGACAAACCCAAGCCUGCCAAAAGUGAUGUGGCCACUAACACCAGGGAGGGCAUUUCAAGUCCAAGCAAGUCAACUAAGUCAGCUGGAGCUGGUAGCAAGGAAAAGUAUGCUGGGACUGUUGCAUCUGCAUCAUGCAUAGAUGCAGGAACUGAGAGCAUGAAUGGAGAUGUGAAUAGCACUUCAAUGUCAACUGGAACCCAGACUCAAUCCCAGAUCCGUACUUCAAUUCCCAUCUCUACAAGUACAGCUACAGCCAACUUGUGUAACAUCCCUGGCCCUGGGUCUCCUUCAGUUUCUACCAACCACUCAUCCUCACAAACUACAUCUACAACCAUUACUAGUGCCAAUUGUAGUGGAAAGCUUACUUAUGCUCAGAUGACUCAGCAGUCCCUUGAACGCAUCACUAAGCUCAAUAUAGAACACAAAGAGAAGCUGAUAGAAAUCGAUAAAGAGAAGCAGCGGACUGUCCCUCCUCCCAUUCAAAAGAAAAUAGAAAGAACUUACCCUGUGAGGGAUCAGAGGCCAGAAAAUCGAUUCAAUGGCCCCCUUUCAGGUCGGUUCAAUGGUGGCAGUCGCUAUGAACGUGAUCGUGAUAACCCAAGGAUGAAUGGCCCUGGGCAUGGAUAUGGUAGUUUUGGACCUCGUCGAGUGCCUGAAUUUAGGCGAAUGCAAGGUGAUUGGAAUUCUCUCGAUGAGCGGUACCCACGAACUCCUUUGCCCCGACCCAAAACUCCCGUCAAUGUGCCGACCAUGAAGUAAUUACUGUGCAAAAUCUUAAUGGAGUUACUUCAGUGAAGAUAUGGUUGAGUAAAAACACAGUCUUGGUGAGCUUUCUGACAGUUGCUAACUGCAUUGUGGUGCUGCUGUUGCUGUUGCUGUUACUGUUACUAUGACUAUGACUAUUACUAUUACUAUUGCUGAAAUAGUGGCUGACUUUGGACUGCAUCUCCUCCCUUCUAUCCAGCCCUCUGUGCUUUGCAUUAGGACUUUGUUUUCUUGAAGUUCAUUUUUAGUUAAUUAGUUGCAAUCUUGUUUUUUUUUUUUCUAAAGCAUUGUCUGAAUUGUUUCAAUGAUCCCAUCAAUCCAUUGCUUCUAUUCUAUAAAAGUCAAUGUCACUUGGUUUUUUUUUUUUUUUUUAGUCGUCAGUUUUCAGCAGUUACCAAAUGGUCUGGUUGUGAUGCAUGCUGAUGGAUUCCCAAGUGCCUCUGUCAUACCUCUCAUAUAGGAAAAGUAUCCAAGGACCUUAUUCUUCACCAUUCAUCCCUAGACUCCUGUCGCAAGACAAAGGGGGAUAUUUUUUCUUAUGUUCCAUCAAGUUCCUGAUUGCAGGGAGAAGAAAAUUUGAUAUUUUUUGGGGACUUGCAGAAGCUUGCCAUGUGUCCUAUAUAUAUGAAAAGAAAAAUGUCAUGUGAUGCAGUUUCUCAUCUGUCAACUAUUAAGUGCAAAAGUGAUUCAAGUGUCUGGACUGCAGUGAUAUGCAAAAAGUUUAUUAUCCUUUUCUCUGUGUUUGUGGCUGCUGCUUCUGCUGCUGGGAUUUCCCCCUUCCCCACACCAGAUCCAUGGAAUCAUAUCAAUAUCAUGCAUGCAGAAUGUGGUCGAGUUGAUUCAAGCUUCCUUGUCUACUUCACCAGUGCUUCCACUCUUGGGGUGUGCAUCACCCUUUGUCCCUUUUAUUUUCCUUGCCGAUUUCUUUUCUAAUUCUUUUUUGCUUUUUUCUUCUCUCCCCUCCUCUCUCCCGCCACCUCUCUCUCUCUCUCUCUCUCUCU